AUGCGCUUGCUAAAUACAGAAACGCUGCAGCUACAGCAAUUCGAUCAGGGGCCGUUCCCACGAUACGCAAUCUUGUCCCACCGCUGGGGAGAUCAAGAAAUCUCCUUCCAAGAACUUGAAGCUGGCCUGGGGAAGGAUAAAGAUGGCUACCAAAAGAUCGCGACAUUCUGUGCUCAGGCAAGGGACCGAGGCUUCGAAUGGGCCUGGGUAGAUACGUGUGGGAUCGACAAGACCAGCAGCGCCGAGCUAUCCGAAGCAAUCAAUUCCAUGUACAAAUGGUACGAGCAGAGCGCCGUGUGCUUUGUAUAUCUGCCAGAUGUUACAGCCCAAGUUCAACCCGAUGGGUCAACCUAUUCUCUGGACGUCCAUAACAGCUGCUGGUUCACGAGAGGGUGGACAUUACAGGAAUUGAUUGCUCCCCCCUCUGUGGAGUUCUAUACGUCGGAUUGGAUUCACAUCGGGGACAAAAGCUCAAAUGUCAAUGAGCUCAGCCGUAUCACAGGAGUUGAUACAGGGGUCCUUCGUGGGGAUCAUCCGGUACGGGCCUGCAGUGUAGCAAGGAUCAUGUCAUGGGCAUCCAAAAGGAUCACAACCAGGAAGGAAGACAUUGCGUAUUGCCUACUAGGACUUUUCGGUAUUCACAUGCCAUUACUGUACGGAGAAGGGGAUCGCGCCUUUAUCCGACUGCAGGAAGAAAUCUUGAAGCAAUCUUCUGAUCAGUCCCUCUUCGCCUGGAACCCCUUAAGCGACAAUAACGCCCCCGUUUGCGGAAUUCUCGCCCCAUCUCCUGCCUGUUUCGCCGAUUCCCGUGACAUUGUGCCACUGCGUGAAUUCUGGGACACCGAGUCCGCGUUGACCAAUCGAGGAGUUCGCCUC